CUACAUAACCACACGUUCGACAUAUUUAGUUAAUUUUCCAGCCACAGUUCAACGCAAGAAAUGAAAUGCCAUGAUUUGUAUUUGGCGCGAAGCCGCGAGCAGUGGCUAUAACAGCCAUCACUCAAAAAUACUCGGGAAAUGUCGGACAUGCUUCGUGACCAGUUCGCCCUGUUCGUGACCCGCUUCGUGACGUGUACAAAAUCACGCCACUAACAGUGUCGCCAUCCCCUUUUUAAACUGAGCGGUUGGUGUGAGAAUAUCACUGGAAAAUAUACAUUAUUCAACGUUUAAUCCUUUGUAAUCCGACCCUUUAAAGGAAAUUUAAGAAGGUAAAUAUUUGACCUUUUGUUAAUAUUAAAAGUAGUCUUUUAUAGUCAAGUGUAUUCAACACCGAAUUACGAAUGUUUAUUGAGAUUUGAGAAUGAACGCUAUAAAAGUCGCACGCUGGAGCCGGAUCGGAACAUUCAAGUAUUGUCAAAAAAACAAAAGAACGGUAACUCCGAAAAGCAUUUUGUAUAAUACUGACGACGACUAAAGUGCAGUCGAAACGUGGAUUCAUUAAAGCUACAAAAUGUAUUUUCGGAGUUACUGCUCUUUUGAAUUUUAUAAACAUGCUCAGUGGUUCGUGUACUUAUAUAUUUUCAUGUUCCAUGUAUUUUGCGGUGUUCAACAUUUAAAUGAGCUGCCAAAUUCCAAUAUCACAGUUAGUUUACUGUUCCAGAAUGUAAUGAUAGUAAUGUACAUUUGAAGUUCCAAAAACUGCGAUAUUUGGCAUCCUUUUAUUCUAGCUUUUGUAUUUUUUUAGGGUUGGGGAUAAAAACAACUCCCGUAGGAAUAGCGCGAAUCGAUUACAGGGCCAAGCAUGUCAAUGGAAGACAUAAGGAAACUGGACAUCGAGGCUUAUGAUAUACUUCAAGAUGCCAGUGUUAAUGAAGAUAUGUUAAUGGAUUUCAGUCGGGAUGAUCUAAAAGACUUGUUUGCCGGUGCAGAUAAAUUUUUGUUGAGAAAAAAGAUUUGGAAUAUUAUUGAGAAAGCUAGAGGAUGUAAAGAAAAAAUGUUAGAGUCUCCUAACUCUGCAAAAGUAAAGAUUAAUCAAACCCCAGUGGUAAAUCCUCAAACUCCUCCUGUACAAAAACAUUUGGGAAUUUCGCAGUCACAACUAUUGCGUUCACCUUCUUCCUGGUUGGAGAGUCCCCCUAGCCCUGCAAGUGUUGACCUAACUUCAAGUCAGGUGAUUACCCCAGCACCUUCUCCGGCCUUUGUUGUAUAUACAGAUAACGAAAUUGUCUGUUCAGCCAAGACUGGUGAUAUUUCGCAAGAUCUGUUUAAUAGAUUGAUACGAAAUACUGUGUCAAAUAUGCGAUCAGCCUGUCAUAGUUUACCUGUACCAAGGGAGCCAACAUCCCUGGAAAUGGGAGAAAUGGCCAAGGUUCUAUGUCAAAAGUAUCCCUGUUUAGAAAGAGCUUCAGAGUUGACAGGAAGUGAAAGCGGUCAUCUUUUUGUGUUGUCCAAAAUUAAAAAACGUCUUGGAAAUGUUGUCCCAGCUAAGAAAAGGCAAGGAAAAGUGCCUGCGAGAUCAAAUAAACGUAUUAAAUUAGACAUGCCUGAACUUGGUGAUUCGAGUGAUCCUUUGAAAAAAGGGUCAGAGAGUGAAUCAUCAUCUACUGAGACAACAGACGGAUCUAAUGAAGACACCGGUCUUUGCGCAAGGCAUUACAGUGCAUUAGAGAGAGAACAAAGGAAGUGUAAACCUAACCCAAAGGUGAUUAACAAAUAUUUGAAUCUAGAGUUCUCGUCUAGAAGGCAAUUGAUUCAAGAGACGAAGAAAGAUGAGAGGCCAAGCAAAAUACUGGAGCUCUACCCAUGUUUUAAAGAUCCUAAUGAGGUUGUUGAAGAAGUAAGACGAUGUCUGAAAUUGAAGGAGACUGGUAAUCCUGAAUCGUACAUGACUAGCCGUGUCAGUCUUCUGGAGAAGAAAGUCGAUCAGAUGAUAUACUACGGGAUCUCAAAAAGUGCUAUACAACCACCUAUGAGCCAGUCAGUUGACCAAAAGAUAGUGCAUUUGCUAAAGGGAAUCCAUGUCAUUUUUAAAGGAAAGCCUAAAUCUAAGAAGCUUAUCGUGCAUGAUUCAAUUUUUAUCCCGGAGGAUAACGAACUUCCAGACGUGUGGCAGCAAACACGCCAUGGUAAUUCUCCGGGCCUAAUAAUGACGAAAGAAACGGCGCAAUGA